AUGAUAUGCCAAAAAUAUGCUCAAGAAGAGAACAAGCUCCUUCGGUUUUGCGGUACCAUUCAGACAGACGGUGUUGGUGUAACAGUUCUUAAGAAAAGAAUAGACAGGCAGUCAUCUUAUACCUCAACCAUAAAAGAGGCAGAUGAGAAGUUCAAGUAUAUCAGCGACUUAGGUGCUCAAGAACAUAAAGCUGUGAAUGGUCGGUGUGUUGCUAUUGCUCCCGGAAGAAGAGACCUUUUGUUUUGUGUCGAUGAAAAAUCUAUUGACCAGGACAAAACCAGAAAAUCCAAAAAGUAUUAUCGUAAUAUUCUACAAGCAAUGAAGUCGAACAAUCCUGCUGUUUAUCAAGCCGAGAAUGUUCUUGCAGAAAACCAAAGCAGCUCACUGGAAAUAGAGGGCUACCGUCGUUUUCUCGAACGUCUAGACCAGAAUUACGCUGUCCUCGACAAUUUCUAUGGGCAUACAACAACGUCUUCUCAAAACCCACAAUUCAUGCUCCGGAAGUUGCGUUUAGCUGCGUAUUUUAACAAACAACGUGCUGACAUGCAACUUAUAAAUUCUUUAAAGCAAAAGUUCGGUAAGGAUGCGAUCUUUGUCUUGGGAAACUGGUCUGCCCCAAACGCACAUUAUCAUGAACCAAUUCGAGGCAUCGGAUUGAGACGACUUCUUUUACGAAAUCAUCUUAGUCUAUUACUCAUCGACGAAUUCAACACGAGCCGAUGCUGUCCGUCUUGUCAUAAUUUGAGUCUAAAGAAAUUUAAACAAAUCGACAAUCCUAGGCCCUACCAACGAAGCAACUAUCCUUUAACCCUUUGCCAUGGUCUUUUAAGAUGCACCAAUCAAACUUGUGUGACCAAGAUGCAAACCCAAGGAUUCCAAUAUAAGCUUUGGAACAGAGAUUUAGCCGCCUGUUUGAACAUGAUUUCAAUAAUUCUAAAUUUAAGAAACACUGGUCAAAUCCCAGAACGAUUUGCACGUCAUGUCCACUCAAAAAAACGUCCUCGAAUGGGUGAAUAAUAAUCCAUGCCAGUUAUCGCUGGUGUUACCCGUAAUACACUUUUUGGUAAGGCUUUUUAUUGUUGCUUGCUAGAUAACUAACUGUACUUGUUAUAUUUUAUUUCUGUUUAUAUUUCUCUACCUCUCAACCCUUUCCAUUGAACGAAUAAUUUCUGAAUAAAGUGUA